CUUCCGGUUCUAAGCUUGCCGGAUGUUCGGUCUGGUUCUGUGUUUCUCAUUUCAGUAGGCGAAGCAGCAACUUCGGGUUUACUCUCGUCUCGAAAGUCAAACAAACAAACAAACAAGCAUUUGAAGUCAAGUCCUUGCACAUUUUAGCUGUUCCCUGUACCAUAUUCCUGUUUUACAGUUCUUCUAUUUGUCCGCUUGGGGUUUGUUUGUUUUUUUAGAUAUUCAAACUGGUUUUCGUGUUUGCAAAGUUCUUUGGACGCCCGUUUCACGUUCGGACGGUUGUUGCUUGUUGUCGGCGGUCUCUGGUCACAAGGAAGAUGUCUGCAAACAGCAUUGAGGAUGAAAGCAGCGAUUUUGUUGGCGCCUACAGAAUAGGCAUCAAAAGACCGCUACAUUUUGUUUUUAAAAUUGCUAACAGAAAAGACAGUCUCCAUUUUUUCCAUCGCAUUCUUGGAAUGAAGGUGUUGCGUCAUGAAGAAUUUGUAGAAGGAUGUAAAGCGUAUUGUAAUGGCCCUUAUGAUGGCAGGUGGAGCAAAACUAUGAUUGGUUAUGGCAGUGAGGACAAUCACUUUGUAAUGGAAUUGACUUACAACUAUAAUAUUGGUUCUUACCAUCAUGGAAAUGAUUUCUGGGGCAUUACCAUCUUCUCCAACACCAUCAUGGACAAUGUCCGCAAGAACAAAUACAGCUUCACUGAAGAAGAUGGUGGCUUUGUCUUAAAAUCACCCGAUGGUUAUAAGUUCCUCAUCAUGGAAAAUAAAAGUGAAGGGGAUCCUGUCAAGAAAGUAACGCUAUGUGUCUCAGACCUUGUUCGCUCUAUUGAUUUCUGGAGUCGACUCGUUGGCAUGGCAGUUUAUUGUCAGUCUGAGAAGAAAGCAGAGUUAGGCUUUGACGACACAUACUGUAACCUGGAACUUAUAGAGAUAGCAGAACCGUUUGACCGUGGCACCGCUUAUGGCAGAAUCGCCUUUGCUGUACCACGGCAAGAGCUUUCAAUCAUUCAAAGAACUUUGGAGGAGGAACACGAAACUAUCCUUACUCCUCUAUUGGCGCUAGACACUCCUGGGAAAGCCACUGUGGAAGUUGUUAUUUGUGCUGAUCCUGACCAUCAUGAAAUCUGUUUUGUUGGAGAUGAAGCAUUUAAGGAGCUCUCAAGAAUAGACACCAAUGCUCCUUCUCUCCUGGCCAAGGCAAUAGAAGGAGAUAAAAGUGAAGAAUGGUUUGAAAAGAAAGGACAAAGUAAGUUCGAAGGCUAAGAGAACAAACUGAAGACUGACUGAAGUUUUUUUUUUUGUUUACAUGAAGUAUUUGUAACAGGACACAAUUGAUUAAUUUUUAUUAUUAUCAUCCAUUUGGGUUUGAUGUAACUGACUGAUCCCAUUUCAUAAACAUGGAAGGCGUGAACAGUCAGCUACACAAUCAAGCCUACUUAUAAUAUUUUCUUGUGUAGGUAGAAGACCCCAAAUUUGGGAGGGAUGUUUCAUUAUAUUGACCCCAGAAAGAUGAAAAAAAAGCAAAGUAGAUCUCAGUUAUGUCCCUUUACGUUCUUCAAACCCAGCUGGUGGUUGACUAGGAUCUAAUCAAAAUUACUAGCCUUGUGUCUAAAUUAGAAAUUAUUAUUAUUAUUAUUAUUAUUAUUAUGGCAGCAGCAAGCUGGCAGAAUUGUUAGCAUGGUGGGCAAAAUGCUCAGCAAGCAUUUCAUCGUCCUUUAUAUUCCGAGUUCAAAUUCUGCAAAGGUCCAUUUUUGCCUUUUGUCCUUUUGGGGUUGAUAAAAUAAGUACCAGUUGAGCAUUGGGGGUUGAUGCAAUUGACUUAGCUCCCCACUAAAAUGCUGGCUUUGAGCCAAAAUUUGAAAUCAAUAAUUGUUAUUAUUGAGGUUUAAGGUGGUGAGCUGGCAGAAUCGUUAGCAGGCCAGGCAAAAUGCUCAGCUGCAUUUCACCCAUCUUUACGUUCUGAGUUCAAAUCCCACUGAGGUUAACUUUGCCUUUCAUCCCUUCAGGGGUCAAUAAAAUGAGUACCAGUUAAACACGGGGAGGGGGGGUGUCAGUGUAAUCAACUAGCCAUUCCCUUCUAUCCCCCCACAAAAAUUUCAGUCCUUCUGCCCAUAGUAAAAAGAAUUAUUAUUAUAGCAGAAUCAGUUGAUUGACAAACUAAUUUGCAAAUUUUUUUUUGUAACUUUUGAAUUUAAUUCAUUUUAAGGCACACCUGUCGUCCAUGUUAAUAUUUUGUGAAGGGGUUUGGCAAAAAAAAAAAAAAAAAAAAAAGGACUAAGCCAUCUUGCAUUUGAGAUUGAAGAGAUUUUUUUUUUAAAUUUGAAUAAAGUUUUUGGGUAGGAUAAACAUUUUUAAUUAUUUUUAUAUAUACUCAACAUUUUUUUUUUUAAGGGUAAAGGAUAUGUGUGCUUUAAAAAGGGAAAAUCUAUAUGAAACUAAAAGAAACCAAAUUUUUAUUUUAUUCUAUGGAACUUUCAAAACAAAUUUCUCAUUUUGGGGAGGUUGAGAUAGAGGUAAAGAAGGAUUCCUUUCACCAUAACAUAGAAAAUAGUGGCCACUUUCUCCCAACCAAGAAACCCUUGACAUAAAACGACAGUUUUGUCUUGUGUAUCACGUUAUGUUUCUCUCUCAUCUAUGUAUUAUAUACGAAACACAUCCCCCUUUUUUUUUUUUUUAAACAAUUAGAGUAACUUGGGUCUUACGGAAAUUUUAUAUCCCUCAGAAUGUAUGAAACAAGGUCCAAUUAAAAGUCUGAAAAACAAGCAUGGAUGUUUAAAACAAAUUCAUGAAAAUGCUUUAGACAAGCAAAGAAUUACAGGGAACCCCCUUUGCCUGUCCCCUGUAUCACAUGAUACACAGAAAAUAUUUCCCCAGCCUCCAUACAUCAUAUAUAUUGAUACACAUUCCUAAUUUCAGAGUAACUUGGGACAUAUGAAAGGAAAGCAUAUAUUUAACUCAGAACCUAUGAAACAAGGGCAUGGAUGUUUGGGGCAAACUUAUGAAAAUGCUUUGGAGACAAAGAGUUAAAUAUCUGAUUUUAGGGUCCUGGGCUUAGCUCUAUCCAGUCAACAAGACUCUGAUUUACAAAAGAAUUGUAAGAAAUAGUGGAACACUUCUUUUUGUUUUUUUUUCAAUAAUACAAUUUAAUAUAAUGUAUGGUGGUAUUAUGGUAGGGAAAAAAAUACAUAGAUUUUAUUUUUGUAUUUCAAUAAAUGCUGUCUCAACUGAA